GCCUUGCAAUGAAGCGCUGAGUCACAGUCUGGGGGUCUAAGGUACUGGCAACAACGUGGAACCCCCAGACAGCCAACCCCACUUACAUCCAUUCCGAGCACAAGCCCAAACUGAGCCUGGCCAGAAAUCAGAGCAAGCACUAGAGAAAGAUUUCUCUGUGGAUGGAAAGUGGAAAAGAGAAGAGAGGUUCUAAUAAAUUGCAACAACCCUUUCACCAUUCUAAAGAGCCCACCUUUCUUAUCAACCAGGCCAUCCUACGUAGUGACUCUCCUUCUGGUGGUUUACCAGAAACUGAGAGUGCUGUACUUUCUGACGAGGUAAAAAUAAGCACUCAAAGAAACAGACCGGGAACUGUCAUACUAGCUAGAGGGUCAAGUAGGAGAACUAUGUCAGAAGGUCCCUUUAAUCCGCCAGUGAUCCCAUCCCGACGGCCUGGAUUCAGGGUCUGCUAUCUCUGUGGCCGAGAGUUUGGAUCCCAGUCACUUGCCAUUCAUGAGCCCCAGUGCUUGGAGAAGUGGCGUCUUGAAAACAGCAAGUUGCCCAAACACCUGAGGAGGCCGGAACCCUCCAAGCCACAGCUUCUUAGUGGUAGUGACUCCGCCAACCUUCAGGCAGCUAACGAAGCAGCAUUCCAGAGCGCGCAGGCGCAGCUGUUGCCCUGUGAAGUCUGUGGUCGCACAUUCUUGCCAGAUCGGCUGCUGGUGCACCAGAGAAGCUGUAAGCCAAAGGGCGAGGGUCCCAGAGCACCCAACCCCAACAGCUCGGAUGGUCUUACUAGCCCCAAGAAAACACGUAGACCACGGACUCUCGUCUGCUACAUCUGUGGCCGGGAAUUUGGCACCCUGUCCCUUCCAAUUCAUGAGCCCAAAUGCCUGGAAAAAUGGAAAACAGAAAACGACCGUCUUCCCAGGGAGUUCCGCAAGCCACUCCCACAGAAGCCCCCAUCUCUUUCAACCGGACAGUCCAACCAAGAGGGGACAAGUCCAGCUCAGCUUGUGCCCUGCCCAAAUUGUGGCCGGACCUUUGCUGCACACCGCCUUCUAGUGCACCAGAGAAGCUGUAAAACUCACCCUAGUGGGCCAAAAGAUGUCACCGGAGGGGGCCAGGGGGCCCCAAACAAGUCUGCUCCUUCCAAGCAGGAAAGGAACAUGGCAGCACCCACUGUGUCUAAGAAGGUAAUUCGUGCCACCUAACAUGCACUGGUUGGAUCUUGGAGGACCUUCUGCCUCCAGGGAACUCAGGGAACACCGUCCCCAACUCAGCCACUUCACUUGUCGGAUGUCUUCUUACAAUGGAUUCUUUCUGCCU